GAAUAGCAAAACGUGCUGACGUCACUUCCUGACCGGUAGUUUUGCGGGAAGUUUGGUCCUCGUUCAAUACGCAUUUACAUCCUAUACCUCCAUGUUCAUACGGUUUAACCUACAAUAAACAACAAAGUCAAGAUGCCUCCUAAAAAGAAGGCGGCAGGGAAAGGCAGAGCUCCAGCCAAGAGGCAGCUGGCGGAGGAGUUCCCCCCUGGAGAGGUCCUCAUAGACACGGGGAAGAAGUCCUGGAAGCUGGGGGCUCCCAUCGGCCAAGGGGGCUUUGGUCUCCUAUAUUUGGCUCAUGAGAAUACUGCCAAGCCUGUGGGUGCUGAUGCUCCGUAUGUCAUCAAAGUGGAGCCCAGUGACAAUGGACCACUGUUCUCGGAGCUCAAGUUCUACAUGAGAGCUGCUAAACCUGACCUGAUUCAGAGCUGGGUGAAGUCUCACAAGCUGAACGUUCUGGGCGUUCCAAGGUACUGGGGCUCAGGUCUGCAUGAGAGAGGAGGGAAAAGGUACAGGUUCAUGGUUAUUGACCGGCUCGGCACAGACCUGCAGAAGAAGUUUGAAGAAUGUGGGAGGAGGUUCCCAAGAAAACUGGUUCUACAGCUCGCUCUGCGUCUGGUUGGUGUUUUCAUUUCAUUUUUUCCACUGAAUGGAAGAGUUGUGUCAUUUUGA